AUGGAGGCAUACAACAACUAUAACAAGGGUGAUCUCUUGAAGGGCCAGUAUAGAAAAUUGGCUGAUCUCAGCAAGGGCUCUUAUGGGUUGGUUUCGGUAGCUGAAGACAUUGUGCAUGACAAGAGAUUGGUCGCAGUUAAGUAUAUCUAUCCACUCCCCAAGAAGAAGCAAAGACAACAUGGAAGCGAUGACGACGACAGUGACAGUGACUCAGACGAUGAUCUCUAUCCACUAGCCAUUUCACCACCUUCCAAAUCAAUUCUUCAGACUUUAUAUAACGAGGCGAAGAAAGAAAUCACUAUCCAUAAAAUCUUGGGUGUUCACUCCAACAUUGCUACAUUGUAUGAUCAUUUUGAUUCAUGCUUAGUAUUGGAAUAUUGCUCCAGAGGUGAUCUUUAUGACGCAAUUCAAGAUGGCAAGGGUCCACUGACAUCACAGGAUAUCAAGGAUGUAUUUUACCAGAUAUUGGAUGCUUUGGAAUUCUGUCACUCCAAGAAUGUGUUCCAUAGAGAUUUGAAACCUGAAAAUAUUCUUAUUGGAGAAGACUGGUCAAUUAAACUCUGUGACUGGGGUUUGGCCACAACAAACAGAAUUAUUUCCAACAAGAGUGAAUUUGAUGUCGGAUCUGAAAGAUACAUGGCCCCAGAACUCUUUGAUCCUGAAAUGGAAAGCUAUGAUGCCGCAAAGAUUGACUUGUGGUCUAUUGGAAUCAUUUUACUCACAUUGGUAUUUCAUAAGAACCCUUUCCUGAUUGCAAAUCAUUCAGACAAAAGGUUCUUACAGUUUGUGGUGAAUCGUGAAGCUUUGUUUGAUAUUUUUUCCACCAUGAGCGGUGAGAUGUUUUCAGUGUUGAGGUACAGUCUUAACAUUGAUCCAACUAAUAGAGACAUUGGAAUGCUUAAAGGUGAAUUGGAAACUUUGAAAUACUUUACGAUUGACGAGGAAUACUGGGAAGUUGAACAAGAUGAGGUGGAGAAGGAGCCACAUUACGAAGGUGAGAAUGAGCUAGGUAACGAGGAAGAAGAAGACGAAGAAGAAGAAGAUGAAGUGGAUGAUGAAGUACAACUUCAAAACAAUAACCAAUUGGAAUUUACAUUUGACGUUGAAGAUGGUGAUUCAAGUGGAGGCUCGGGUGGCUCAGAUAGACUAGCUAAAUCUAAUUCCGGUAGAAGAAGUAGACCGCCAAUCAGAAAUAGAAACCUUGAAUCGGCAUUACUCGGAACAUACGAUUCCGAAGGAAUUGAUUCUGCUGCUGAAUCUGAUGUCACCGCAUCUUCAGAUGCAGCAUUGCCAAUGCCUCACAAUCAUAGAGCUGACGCGCUAUUAUCUAAAAACUCGAGCAUGUUGCCCAUCCCAAUCAUUGGCACUGAGUACAAUGACGUUGGAAACCAUUCAAUUUUCAGAAACCAACGUAAACCAUUUGGAGUUGCAUCGUUUAAUCAGUCAAAGAUUCUGACUGAUGGCUUCGGAGGAGGUAAAUUUAAUAGAGAAGAUUUUUUUACACCAAAAUCUGUAUUCAAUCAUUACAUGGACAAAUAUGGUGACAGUAAACAACAAGAUCGUGCGUUCAACUACAAUAGCAAUAAUAAUAAUCACAAUGUUAGGAAUAAGAUGUCUACCUGGAAAAAGAAGGGUAAAAGAAGAUCUUGGAAGAAGGCAACAAUUGACAGCGAUAAUUACGAGAGUGGAAGUAGCUCACAAUUUCCUCGACUGAGACUGAGACUGAGAGUCCGUCAUUCUUAUAGUGGAACUAACCAUACUAAUGUAAAUGGUAACAGUAACGGACACGUUCACGGCCAUGGAAAUGGAAAUGGAAAUAGCAGAGAUUACUUUAAGAAGAAGGCACACCUGUUCUCUAGUUCAAAGCCAAAGAAAUUGUUCUCAAAUUCUGGCCAUCUGAAUCUUGCAGCAACUAGCGGAGGUAAUUCUCAAUUGCACCAACAUCAUGGGAUUCACACUCAGCAAUUGCAGCAACACCCGCUGCUUCAAAACAAUGGAGUUGUCGGCUCAAAAAAGUAUGUUCCACCGUAUCUUAGAUCACCUAGUCACGCUAGGUCACCUCUUAUUGACCCUCCGAUUGAAGAUAUUGGCAAUUUGAACCUUGAAGAUGAUGAAGUUUUCCAUCUUGAAGAUGACUUUGACGAUUCUGAGUACCCCUCAAACAAUGGUCAUAUAAGUGGUCAAAGCAGCGGACGAUCCCAUGGAACCUUUUUAAUUCCAACAGCAAAUACUGUUGAUAACUUUAAAAAGCCUCCAAUUAAUUUUAAGGUUCCAACUUAUAGUCUUGCAACAGCAGUAGGUGUGGCUCCAGGUCUGACAGUUACGAGUGAUUCCUCUUCUGUCCGUGGUAUUGGUAGAAGAAAUUCCCUUGGGGGUGGUCAGAGAUCAUCAGUAUGUCCUACCAGUUCUUCUGGGAAAUUUAUAGGGCCUAUCAGUGAAUUUGUUCCACCCAAUGGUAAAUACGUUCCACCAUUUAGAAGAUCUUCACACUCUUCAAAUAUUACUAGUAAGAUAAAGGCCAAUGAAGGUAACUCCAAAGAAUGUGAUGACGACUCCAAGAGAAAAAUGUCACAUCAUGAUUUCAAGCGAGACAUAAUGACAAAUAUAGAUAGCACUUCAUCUUCUGUCCCCACUGGAAAGACAGACUGGUUUUCGUUUAAAAAAGAUUGGGGUGAUUACGAUGAUGAAGAUGCAUAG